UUUGGAAAAAAGGAGGGGGAAAAGCUUCCUGAUAAAAAGAGAACAUCCCUCUGUGAGAGCAUUGCAAAGCUUCAUUCCUGUCUUUUUCACUCGACCAGCAACAUCUCCCUGUAAAGAUGGCCCCUAAUAUGGUGAUUAAGAACAUGCCCUUUAAAGUUGGACAGACCGUUGCUAUUGCGGGAACUAACACACCUGAUGCAGCCAGUUUCUCCGUGAAUAUUGGCCACAAUGAUGAGACACUUGCCUUGCACCUGAAUCCCCGUUUUGAUGCCAGUGGAGACAAAUACACGAUCGUCUGUAAUUCUAAGAAACAUGGCAUGUGGGAGCAGGAGGUUCGGCCUGGGGGCUUUUGUUUCUUCAGAGGACAGAACUUCAAGAUCAUCAUUAAACUGACCUGUGGAGCAUUUUUGAUUACCUUACCCAAUGGCUUUCAAUUCACUUUCCCCAACCGCUUCUGUUCAGAUGAAUACUCCUACUUCUGCUUUGAUGGUGAUGCUAGCAUCAGGAGCAUUCAGAUCUACUGAGCUUCCAUCAUCAUUAAUCUGCACCCAGCAUUGCUGCUUUUACACAAAAUAAAAAAUAAAAACCUGUGUUUUCUCUUUAAUCUUAUAAUAAAACUAAUUCGGUAAGUGCAGAUACCAGAGUCAAUGAAAGAUUUCCGUAUAAAAACUUAUUAGAAAACCAAAAAUGUCAAUAGAAGUGUUGGUAUUCAAUGACUUUUCUAUCUGUAAUGUUUUUUAAACAAUAGAAAAUGUAAUGUAAACAGGAUUUCCUUCAAUAAAACAUUCAAAGUCUA